AUGGCCAAAUCUAAGGUCAGAGAAAGAGAAAAAGAAGAAGCAGAAGCAGAGGAGGUUGGUGGUGUUAUAUCAAGCCCGGCCAAAAGCCCACACGCUUGCCAUUUUGUCUGUGGUUCUAACAGCACAUACUAUUUCUUCACCACCUCCAUCUCUCUCUUGUUUUUCUCUUUCUUCUCCUUCUCCGAGGCUUCUCGCUCCAUCCCAACACCCACUCUCUCUUCCUCUUAUUCUCCUACUACUUAUACCACUGCUUCUACUUCAAAAACCCACCACGUUGACUACACCAUUAUCAUCAUUCUCACAGUCUCCUCUGCUGCCUUCAUCGCAUUUCUCCUUGUUUCAGCCAUGGCUGUGCUCAGGCAUCAGCCACGAGAUGAUGGGGCGGGUGAAAGUGGGAAUUUUUCUGUGAGGAAGUUGAGUUGGGAUGAGAUUGAAAGAUCCACCAACAAUUUUUGUAAGGUGAUCGGAUCUGGAGGGUACAGUAAUGUCUACUUGGCUCGUAACCCAUCUGGUUUUUGGGCAAUUAAGAUCAACAAUGGAAGCGAACGCCUCAAUCAAGUUUUCAAGCAAGAACUCGAUAUCCUCCUCCACCUUCAGCAUCCCCACAUCGUCAAGCUUCUCGGCUACUGCGAUAAACAAGAGGAGGGUGCUCUGGUUUUUGAGUACGUUGCCAAUGGAAACCUACAAGACAAGCUUCACGACGGAGAAUCAACCCCUGUGCUGCCAUGGAGGAACCGCAUGGCGAUCGCCUUCCAAAUCGCACAGGCAUUAGAAUACCUCCACGAGAAAUGCCCUCUUCAGAUUGUUCACAUGGACAUCAAAGCCUCCAAUAUCUUGCUCGACCAAGAUCUCAAUUGCAAGCUCUGCGAUUUCGGGUCGGCGAAGAUGGGGUUUUCCUCGACGGUCCGGCCGCCGUCGUCGUCGAUGAAAAGUCACGUCUUGACGAUGAUGGGCUCGCCCGGGUACACCGACCCGCACUACCUCCGAACCGGGAUCGCCUCGAAGAAAAACGACGUAUACAGCUUCGGCGUUUUGGUGCUGGAGCUUGUGACGGGCAUGGAGGCCUUCAGCUCGGAAAAGGGCCAGUUUUUGACAUCGUUGGUGGGGCCCAGGCUGAGGGACGGCGGCGCUGACGUGGCGGAGGCGGCGGGGAUGGUGGACCCGCGUCUGGGCGCGGCGGGGUUUGACGUUGAAGAAGCCAAGACUAUGCUUUCGGUUUCGGCCACGUGCUUGCAGCAGUCGCCCACACUGAGGCCUUCGGCUGCUCAGAUAUUGCAGACAAUUCGUGAGAAAAUUCCAUCUGUUUCGUUUCUACAGUCGCACCAGAAACAAAUCAUAUCAAUAACCAGGCGAUUCCUGUAUGAGCGCAAUCCUAGAAUUCCCAGUUCCAAAUCUCCUGCGUUUUCCAACCCUCAUCCUUAUCACUGCAAUUACAAUGCGGCAAAUGGCAAAUUGGCAAUGAACAAUGCAAGCUUCAAAACCAAACCCAAAACGCAGCGUCGUCGAUUCUUGUGCACUUCUCAACUAGCAGAGUAUGCCCCAACUACUUCUGCAGUGUACGGGUUCCUGCUCCUCAGCGGUGGUCUAUUUGCGUAUGCGAGAUCAGGAAGCAAGGGGUCAAUUCUCGGCGGGGUUUCAGGAGCAGCUCUGAUGGGCACUGCUUACUAUCUGUUGCAAACACCAGAGACAAAAGCUAUUGGUGAUGCCCUUGGGUUCGGAUCAGCAUUCCUUUUCGCUUCGACUAUGUCGUCGUCGUCUACUUUGCAUUUGGCUUCAGCAGUAACCAGGCGAUUCCUGUAUGAGCGCAAUCCCAGAAUUCCCAGUUCCAAAUCUCCUGCGUUUUCCAACCCUCAUCCUUAUCACUGCAAUUACAAUGCGGCAAAUGGCAAAUUGGCAAUGAACAAUGCAAGCUUCAAAACCAAACCCAAAACGCAGCGUCGUCGAUUCUUGUGCACUUCUCAACUAGCAGAGUAUGCCCCAACUACUUCUGCAGUGUACGGGUUCCUGCUCCUCAGCGGUGGUCUAUUUGCGUAUGCGAGAUCAGGAAGCAAGGGGUCAAUUCUCGGCGGGGUUUCAGGAGCAGCUCUGAUGGGCACUGCUUACUAUCUGUUGCAAACACCAGAGACAAAAGCUAUUGGUGAUGCCCUUGGGUUCGGAUCAGCAUUCCUUUUCGCUUCGGUAUUUGGUAUACGAUUAGCCGCCACCCGGAAACUGGCUCCUGCAGGCCCUCUGUUAGCUCUUUCUCUUAGUGCAUUGGCUGUGUUUAUAUCAGCAUAUCUACAAGAUAGUCACUAAUCCUAAUGUUACUUAGAAAUCGUGUAUCUCGUGUGAAUGUGAUGGAGACUUGACUUGUAAGGUAUCUUUCGAAUUCAGUUUUCGUGUUCCAACUCUUUUCUCUGUUUUGGGUUUGAAUUCUGACUUGGUGCUAACCUCUUUUUAG